ACAAUGUAAAUUCCUCCCAGUCUUCCAGCACCUGCAACUUGACUUAAAACGGUACAUCGAGUCACACCAGAUCACGGAGCCCGCAUACGGCACCACCUCGCCGUCUAAUCCGCCAUACGUAGACACUAAACCUCAGAUCACCGCCAUCGCCAAAUCGAAGGCUGCGCAGUUGCAAGCAUUCAUCCUUAACUCAUGAGUUCUCCGGCUCUCUCAGGAGGCGCGAGCUUGUUCACAGGAUUUACGAGGCUAUGCAAGGGCCUGGCUGUGGUACUCAUCGGUGGCCAUGUCGUAGUUCAGAUUUUGCCUACGGCUCUAACUUAUCUUGCUCUUAUUCCUGCUAGGACAAUUCCUUUUGCAUGGAACCUUAUAACCAAUGGUUACAUUGAACAAUCGGUCUAUGGGGUGGUUGUCAGCUUGAUCGGUCUCCUUGUCAUGGGGAAGCUGCUUGAACCUGUAUGGGGGUCUAAGGAAUUCUUAAAGUUCAUUUUUGUGGUCAACCUCCUGACUUCGCUCUGUGUUUUUGUUACUGCUAUUGCCUUGUAUUACAUAACAAGGCAGGAAAAUUACCUUUAUAUGCCUCUUUUGGGCUUCCAUGGCGUCUUAUCAGGAUUCUUGGUUGGCAUCAAGCAAAUUGUGCCAGACCAAGAGCUGUCUAUAUUAAGAAUAAAGGCAAAGUGGUUGCCAUCUAUCAUGCUAUUGAUUUCCAUUGCCAUAAGCUUCUUUACAGCAGAGUCGGCAACUUAUCUGCCAACCUUAGUGUUUGGUACUUAUAUGGGCUGGAUUUACCUCAGAUACUUGCAGAGUAAACCUGAAACAAAACUUAGGGGUGAUCCAAGUGAUGAUUUCUCCUUUUCUUCAUUCUUCCCUGAAUUCCUUAGACCUGUCAUUGAUCCGAUUGCAUCGAUAUUUCAUCGAUUACUCUGUAGAAGAUCAGAAACUUCUACUGAUGCCCAUGGCUAUACCUUGGGAGGUGCUGCAUUGCCUGGUUCAGACCCCAUCGAGGCAUCUAGGAGGAGAGAAAGAGGCGCAAGAGCUCUGGAGGAAAGACUGACAGCGGAGAGGUUGGCUGCUGCACGGAACGAAGAAGAGUCAGAAAGAGACGCCACAGAAAAUGUUUGAAAACCUGAGGUAUUCAAAUUUCUUGACAAAUACAAAAGCUAGUCUGUAUUUCCAAUGACAAGUUCGAAGUUUGUGCAGUAUUCGGAGAUAAGUCUUUUAUGAGUUAUGGACAGUUUUCUGUUUUUCAUUUUUCCAUGGACUGUAAUCCUUGCGGUAGAUAGAAUUUGCUAUUUUCUCAAUUAUGUUUCAUGAAUGAUGAUUUGUUUUCAAAUCUGCUUGAUGUACUUAAAAUAGGAAUUUUGAAGAAUAUUGAAAAAAAUUAAGAGUUAUUGGUUUAUUAGUCUCUUUUUUU